AUGUCCGGAUCCUCAGGCUGGCGCUGGGUCCCUACCGGGGCUGGAGAUGCAGCAGGCGGCUGGACUAACUGCACACCGCCAGUGCAGCCGCCAUUUUGGGGCGCACGCCUAGUCGACCGGGACCAGCUUGUUUUUGCCGGGUCGACGGCGGGGGCGUCUGCGGUGCAGCGGGCAGCCAUAGAGGAGCGCCGGACGGCUCGGGUGCUAGCAGGGGUGGCAUCUUCCAGGGGGACCCUCCUUCUUCCUGCCCGAGCCGAGUACCAUCAGGUGCAGGACGAACGGAUCGUUCGAGCCGAGUGCCAUCAGAUGUGUGGGCGAUCCGUGAAGAUGGAAGCAAAGUUCUCUGAAGCAGAAGGAGCUCCGUCAGAGGAAGGAGCAGAUGUAGAGGAGGCAGCUGGGGAAUUCAUGGGGUUGUCUUUGGAAAAAGUAAAGAAUGAAGAUGCUGAAGGACACUUUGGAGAUGGAGAUGGACCACAGAGGCUGGAGGGAAGCCAAGCAGCAGGGGAUGAUCAGAGAAAUGAAGAGGAUGAGGAACUGCAUCCUCUAUCACCAGAUGAAGUCAAGGAUGAAGACUUGAGAGAAAACUUCAGAAACCAAGUUGGACCUAAAAGGCAGAAAAGAAGCCACAUCAUCCAGAAGAGGGGUAAACCGAUUCCUCGCCAAGGGCAGGAUUUCCAAGAAGUAAUUGACAUGGUGAAGGAGACAUACAAGUGCUUCACGUGUGGAAUGAACUUCUCAGAUCAAUUCCAGUAUAAUGUCCAUUUACGAAUGCACAAUGAGAAGAAGACCCAUCGAUGGCUGGAGUGUGGAAAGACCAUGAUUCGCAAAGAAGAGCUCCUUAGACAUCAAAGAACAUGUAGAGGAGAGAAACCUUAUAGCUGCUCAGACUUGGGUAAGAGAUUCUCAGAGAAAUCAGACCUUAGAGGGGAGAAGCCUUUUAAAUGCUCAGAGUGUGGGAAGAGAUUCAGUCACAGUAGCCAUCUUCAGAAUCAUCUAAGAAUCCACACAGGAGAGAAGCCUUUUGAAUGCUCAGAUUGUGGGAAGAGAUUCAGUCGCGGUGGUCAUCUUCAAACCCAUCUAAGAACCCACACAGGGGAGAAGCCUUUUGAAUGCUCAGAGUGUGGGAAGAGAUUCAGUCACAGUUGCCAUCUUCAAACCCAUCUAAGAACCCACACAGGGGAAAAGCCUUUUGAAUGCUCAGGAUGUGGGAAGAGAUUCAGUCACAGAGACACUCUUCAAAAACAUCUAAGAACCCACACAGGAGAGAAGCCUUUUGAAUGCUCAGAAUGUGGGAAGAGAUUCAGUCAGAGUAGCAGUCUUCAAACGCAUCUAAGAACCCACACAGGGGAGAAGCCUUUUGAAUGCUCAGAAUGUGGGAAGAGAUUCAGUUGCAGUGGCCAUCUUCAAACCCACCUAAGAACCCACACAGGGGAGAAGCCUUUUGAAUGCGCAGAAUGUGGGAAGAGAUUCAGUUGCAGUGGCCAUCUUAAAAAACAUCUAAGAACCCACACGGGGGAGAAGCCUUUUGAAUGCUCAGAAUGUGGGAAGAGAUUCAUUCACAGAGGCACUCUUCAAAAACAUCUAAGAACCCACACAGGGGAGAAGCCUUUUGAAUGCUCAGAGUGUGGGAAGAGAUUCAGUCACAGUGGCCAUCUUCAAACCCAUCUAAGAACCCACACAGGGGAGAAGCCUUUUGAAUGCUCAGAAUGUGGGAAGAGAUUCAGUCAAAGUAGCACUCUUCAAACUCAUCUAAGGACCCACACAGGGGAGAAGCCUUUUGAAUGCUCAGAGUGUGGGAAGAGAUUCAGUCGCAGUAGCCAUCUUCAAAACCAUCUAAGAACCCACACAGGGGAGAAGCCUUUUGAAUGCUCAGAAUGUGGGAAGAGAUUCAUUCACAGAGGCACUCUUCAAAAACAUCUAAGAACCCACACGGGGGAGAAGCCUUUUGAAUGCUCAGAAUGUUGGAAGAGAUUCAGGUACAGUGGCCAUCUUCUAACCCAUCUAAGAACCCACACAGGGGAGAAGCCUUUUGAAUUCUCAGAGUGUGGGAAGAGAUUUAGUGACAGUAGCACUUCUCAACCUCAUGUAAGUAUCCACACAGGGGAGAAGCCUUUUGAAUGUUCAGAGUGUGGGAAGAGAUUCAAUAACAGUAGCAGUCUUCAAAUACAUGUAAGGACCCACACAGGGGAGAAGCCUUUUGAAUGCUCAGAAUGUGGGAAGAGAUUCAGUCGCAGUGGCAGUCUUCAAAAUCAUCUAGCUAUCCACACAGGGGAGAAGCCUUUUGAAUGCUCAGAAUGUGGGAAGAGAUUCAGUCGCAGUGACACUCUUCAAAAUCAUUUUAGAAUCCACACAGGGGAGAAACCUUUUGAAUGCUCAGAGUGUGGGAAGAGAUUCAUUGACAGUAGCACUCUUCAAAAACAUCUUAGAACCCACACAGGGGAGAAGCCUUUUGAAUGUUCAGACUGUGGGAAGAGAUUCAGUCGCAGUGGCACUCUUCAAAAUCAUUUAAGAACCCACACAGGGGAGAAGCCUUUUGAAUGCUCAGAGUGUGGGAAGAGAUUCAGUCAUAGUAGUCCUCUUAAAACCCAUCUCAGAACCCACACAGGGGAGAAGAAACAUCUAAGAACCCACACGGGGGGGAAGCCUUUUGAAUGCUCAGAGUGUGGGAAAAGAUUCCAUGACAGUAGCACUGUGCUCCUGAUUUCUGAUAGUGCUGUGAAGACUACAGUCGCUGACGGCUGGGUUCAUCAUACCAGAGUGAAACGAGUUCGUGAUGCAGAUGAGGUGCCAGGUGGUCCUGAAGACGCAGAGAGUGACAAGGAAGCAACAUCAGAAGGCGACGGGACAGCCAGUGUCCUAGCUACUGGCGAGGGCCACGUGCAAGAGCCUGAAGAAACGGAUUCCCGAAGUGUGGGAUCCCAAGAACCUGAUAGGGAUAAAUCCUGGAGGCCAGAACCUUUCGACUGUCUCCAAGCUCUGUUUCAGCACCCUUAA